AUGGCAGGCGAAGGUCUCGACGAUGAGCUGCUUGCGCUCGCCGGCGAAUCCGGUCGCAAGCAGAUCGACCUCUCCUCGGACGACGAAGAUCGCGUCGUACGCACCGGUUCCAAGCGCGAAUCCAAACCCUCCACCACUUCCUCGUCUUCCCUCGCCAAGAAGCGUCGUCUCGAUCUCCUCGAUGAAUCCGCCUCCGGCUCCGACGCCGACGCACCCGGUUCCUCCGACGACGACUCCGACGCCGACGCUCGUCGCGAUCCCUACCCGUACCAGCAGAUCUACAAGAACGCAAAGGACAUGCAGGACCUCAUGUCCAUGAACGAGUUGGACCGCGAAGAUAUCCUCGCCAGAAGAAGGGACGAGAUCAACAAGAGGAGGCAAAAGUUCGAGCUCGCCGCUCUCGUGAAAGCUCAAAAGGCCGCUGCCGGUGCCACGCGGAAGCAGCAGCCGAAAAAGAGGGUGGUGCGAGGUGGUGCACGUGGUGCAGGCAGAGACGACUCGCUGAGCGAGAGCGACGACGACGACGACAGGGAUCAAGAAGAGGAGGAUGGCGAUAGCGACUUUUUGUACGGCAAGAGUGGAGCGGCUACAGCGGCAAAAAGUAGGAAGAAGAAGUUGCCGGGACAGACGGAUGCUAAGAGUGCAAAGUUGAGCGAACUCAGGAAGAAGAGGAAGGAGAAAGCCGCGGGAAUCUCGACCAGGUACGAAUCGGACGAUGAAGCAGCUACUACCACAAAGACCAAAGGUCGAAGGGGCUAUGCGUCGGACUCUGCCUCCGAGGUGUCAUACUCCGACUACUCGGAUGAGGAAGACCACCCGCGUCGCGGGGGCAAGACCGCCCUAUCCUCCAUCAAAUCCGAUCCUCGCGAUUCGUCCGAACCUCCUCCGCUGGCGGACCUCAACGCGGCGCGCAUCACCCGCGAUCAGAUCGAAUCGCGGCUCUACGCCCCGCGCUGGCGCGACGUGCUCACGGGCUCCUUCAUCCGCUUCUCCUGGGGCACCCGUCCCUCGGAAUCCAACCCCUCCCGAACAGAAACCGUCUACCGCAUCCACCAGAUCACCGACAUCCUCGAAAAACCCGGCAAGUUCUACGACCUCUCCUCCGACCGUUCCGGCAAGUGGUGCAACGUCUACCUCGUCUUCGAACAUGCGGGCAACGAACACGAGGCCAAGAUCAACAUGCUCUCCAGGGGCGAAUUCACCGAAUCCGAACGAGAUCGUUGGAUCGCCUUUGUCAAUUCUUCUUCAAAAUCGUCCCGGGUUCCAAGGAAAGCUGCGGUGGGUAGGAAAGCGGACGAGUUGGAAAAGUUUUUCACGUCUCCAUUGACGGAGGCGGAUAUUGGGAAGAUGUUGGAGACGAAGAAGCGGUUGAGGUUGGAAGCGAUCAGCGUGAUGGGUGGGAGUGCGGUGUUGGGUGCUACGGCUGGGUUUGAUUCUCCCAAGACGCCGGGCGGUGCUACGCCAACGAUGAAAGCUGGGCUGGACGGUGUGGGAGCGGAGGCGAAGACGUUGGAGGCUAGGUUGGCAGAGGUGAACGUCAGGAAUAGAGCACUGGAUAAGAGCAAACAGAGCGACGUCGAGAGGAAAGCGAGGAACACCAAGAUCGCUGCGUUGCAGGCUGAGAGAGCCAAACAGCGCAAGGAGGAGGAGCAGAAACAGCAGCAGGGAGCAGCGAAUGGUGAGGGUGAGGGUGGAGUCGAGUUGACCAAUGCAAAGGUGGGAGAGAGUGGGAUGGGAAAUGGUUUCGUGGCGGUCAAGAACUACUCGACGCUGGUGGAGGUGGAUCUGGGCGAUUUCUAA